AAAGUUUCCGGGAGAGAAACGCAAGUAAACAGCCGGAUUGGUUGAAGAUGGACAUGGCUCAAACGUAACACAAAAUACCUGAAGCGAAAUUAGAACGGCCACGAUUUUAUCUUAAUAACAUUUCUGGUUAUUUAUUUAAGUCACAGAGAAGCUUUUUAUGCGUUUUGCUGCGAAACAAAAGGAAACUCAAUCGAAUUCGCAAAGGAAAAUAUGUUAUCCCAUAACCCGAUGGGACAUCCAGACAAUCCUAUAAUGACAAUUGCUGCAAUAAUUCUCUAUCUGCUUCUUCUGUCACACCAAACAGUGUCAGAGGAGCAGGUGUAUGUUAUCGGAGAGAAAGGCGAGAAUACCACACUACAGUGUCUUGACCACCCAGUCAAUAUGUCUUCAGUUCUUUUUCAUUGGAAGAAAGAUGGAGCUGUUGUUGCAACCCAAAACCCUUCGAAUCCAUCCGAGCAUCUUUCCAUUUUAAACAAUGGUUCUCUGAGGAUCAGUGGCCUUCUGUAUAUUGAUGAAGGCCUGUAUACAUGUGAAUGCCAAACAAGUAAUCACAGCAGCUCAUGGCAAACUCACUCAAACGUCCAGCUUAAAAUUGCCGGUGGUCCAACCAACAUAUCACUAGACAUAAGUCCAGCAACUCUCCUAAAGAAUGGAACAUUAUAUGUCAAUAAAAGUGCAGAUGUGCAUUUUUUUUGCUCCAGUGAGUCUUAUCCCUCACAAAACUUGACAUGGACAGUUGAAAAUUUGGCACAGGAUAAUCCUGACAGGGCGUCUGGGAACAAAUCGGCCCUUGAGUUCUCCAUAAGCGAAAUCCAGCCACAAGAUCAAGGGACGUAUACCUGUACAUCCCAGAAUACCCUCUCCAUGACAACUGUGAACAAGAGCAAGGAACUCCUCGUUUACUAUGCUCCAGAGAGGCAUCCGGAGUGCAGUUGGGAGGUGGGAAAUGAACCAUCAGAUGUCUUGUUCAUAUGUACCUGGUAUGGAGGUUACCCUGUGCCCAUUCUGCACUGGCAUGAGGUCUAUGAAAAAUCUGUAAUAGCCAAGGGUCCCACGAUCAACUUCACGUCCAAGGAGACAGAACGCUUGGAGAUUCUUGUGAAUAGGCAUAUAUUGCAUGAUAAAGAGGAAGUGAAGUGUACUGGACUUCAUGUAACUGGAGUGGAGAAAUCCUGUUCUUUUAACCUCGAGAUUCCGUUUCCAUCAGGAAACCCCCUGGUAACCGCUCUGGAGGGCAGUACCAUCACCCUCAGCUGUUCUGAGACCAACGCUCUCCCGCCAGCUAAGACCGUCUGGAAGAAAAUGGACGAUGUCAUCAACAACACCAUGAAAUAUAUUGUGUCUGAAAAAAUACCCAUUUACGAACUCACUAUAGUCAAUGUAACAAAGGACGAUGCAGGGAUCUACUACUGCUACAGUGAAAACCCUCUUGGCGCAAGAGAGCUAGAGGUGAUUCUUAAUGUGAAGACAUCUGCAGGUAAUGGAGGGGCCGUAGUUGGUGUUUUCAUCUCCAUUUUGGUAAUGAUGACGGGAAUCGUUGUCGGCGUGACGGUAUAUUCAAAGCGUGAUAGAAUUUGCAUUGGUUUAGGAUUCAGUCAUUUAGAUGAUGACAGAGGGGAUAUACUGAGUUUAGUGGACUCGGAUGAAGAGGAAAUUUUCAGUGAUUCUGCUCAACAACUCCCCCCGCUGACGAACGGACAUGUGACCACACUCGUAGAGAUUCACAGAAUUCCAUCAAUUAGUCAUGAAGAGAAUGCGGACAGAACCGAACACACCGGUCAAGCUCAUCCAGAUCAAACCGAAGCAGCGCAUCAGUUAGCAGACGGUCAAGGACCACUUUAAAUACACAGAAAAUUAAUUCUUCAAAUUGUGAAUUGUAUUAAAUUAUUUGUUUGUUUUGUGUGUGUGAUAUUUUACUUGUAUAAUAUUCUAGCGAUCUGUGUAAAGAACUUCAAAUUUUAAAGAGGCCCUGUCUUUAUUUUCAGUAUUAGUUUUUAAUACACUGGCUUCAAAUAGUGAAAUUAAAACUUUUACUACUUUAUACUACAGUAUGUCAGUGAGCUGUUACAGAAUGCUAUUGUCAAUAAAUUGGUUUUGAAUGAUUGCUUUCCAUAAAAAUGUAUAGGUGAA